AUGUCUAAAAGUAAUCAAGUUGAAAUAUACUAUAAUGAAUAAAUUUCUUCUAAGGAAUCAAAAAGAAUGAAGUGGUUUGUUUUAUUUGCUUACAGUUUUUUAGCGUAUACUUUGAUUUUAUUGUUAGAUUUUCAAAUGUGCUUGGAUUUGUGAGUUAUUCACCUGUUUGGCUAAAUGCAGCAAUCUAUUAUGAUGUUGAAGCUAAUGACUUGUAUUGGAUAGGAAAUUUAUAUUAUAUAACAUUUUUUGUAUUUGGUCCUCCUUUUAUUCCUUUAUUAGAGAAGAGACUUGAUUUAUGUUUAUAAGUAUCUUCAAUUUUAACAGCUGCAGGGGCUUGGAUGGUUUGGUUUGGAAAGCAAAGUUUUUUUAUGUGUUUAGUUGGAUAUUUUUUUGUAGGAGUAAGUGAGGCUUUAUUUUUAGCAGUUCCUGUUUGUAAUUAUUAAACCUUAUCGUUUUUAUAGAUUUAUCUGAAAUAUGGUUUACUGCUUAUGAUCGUACUUUGGCAACAUGUUUAGGAAGUUAUGCUACUCUAGCAGGAAUCAUGGCUUCAUAUACAUAUUCGUCAUUUUAGUUUUGGGAUCUAAUAGAUCAAGAAAUUAUUAAUAUCAAAAUUGAAGAAAUGAACUUUAUAAUUGCCAUUUUAAAUACAAUAUGUGUUCCAUUUUGUUUUAUUUUUAUUAGAAACACUAAUUAAAUAGCUAGAAAUGUUGAAGUAAAAAAUUAUUAUGAAAUUAUAGGAAAAUUUAGGAUUUUUUAAAUAAUUCUUUGAAAUUUUCAGAAUAGAAGAAUUUUUAUUAGAUCUUUUAGCAUUUGCAAUGUUUAUUGGGAUUUCAUGGGUUUAUAUAUCUGUUAUUUCUUUAUAAUUGUAUCCUUUUGGGUAUACUCAAUUAGAGGUAGGGAUUGCUGGAAUCUUUUUUACAGGGUCAGGUAUUAUAGCUGGAAUAUGGAUCUCAUUUAAAUUAGAUUUAUAAACAAGAUAAGGAAAAUUGCCAGAUUAUGAUAUCAUUAUAAAGUAUACAACUUCUAUGGGUUUUUUGGCUUUACUAUUAUUAGCCUUUUUAAUAUCAUACUUACCUUUUUGGGUUUUGAUAAUAUUAAAUAUUAUGAAUGGAAUAGGAUUAAAUGUUAUAUAUCCAAUAGCUAUAGAAGCAUUUGUAGAAAAGUUGUAUCCAUUAAAGUCUUUGAUAGUAAGCACCUGGAUAUUAGGAAUUGCAAAUGUACAAUUCAAAAAUAGACUUAGAUUUUGGGUUUUGCUUUAAAUUACAUAUUAGUAUUGCCAACAAUAAUAGAUUAUGGUAUAUGGUUAUCUUUAUUAAUACUUACUCCAUUUUAACUUUACUUUCUUUUAUUUUAUAAAUCUAAAUUUAGGCGAUUUGAGUUAUCAAAUUGA